UUUAGCGGUUCCUUUUCCCGGGGGUUUUAUCCGCGCGUAAAAGCGGGAUCUAGUACCUGUUUUGAAGUGAAAAAUACUUGUUGGGAGCGCUCAGUGGCGGCAGACCGUGUGUACACUGUUAUCGAAUGGCCCAUUCUUCCUCCCUCGACCACGAGGAGCUGAGAGCCGAGUGCCAGCGCUACCUCACCAGCUUCCGAGUACUGGAACUAAAAGAGCUACUGAAGCAGUGCGGCCAAUCAACAAAGGGACGGAAAUGGGACUUGUUCCAGCGCGCAAACGACAUGCUGCAAUUCGGGAGUAACAAGAUUCAGACCAACAUUAGGGAGAUUUACGACAAGUCAUACAGUCGACUACAGCUCAGUUACGGAAGAUCGGGGCAUAAGAUUUGCUCUCCGGUAAAGAGCGGAGAGUCAGUGAUAAAGAUCAUCUCUCGGGCACACAUUGUGCAUCCAGAUGUGAAGUUUAAGGCUCAUCCCUUCUUCUCCAACUUGGAGACCAUCAUAAGACCCAUAGCACUGGUAUCAUCCGCAGUGUCAGGCCACAGCAGUGUGAGUAUGAAAGUAAAGUUUCAUCUCACUCCUCAGCAGAUACACCAGAUAUACAUCUCCAAUGACCAAUGCAACAAUUUGGUCCAUCGUCUCGUCCUCCAUUUUUCCAGCCAGCCCUCUCCUCCCCCCUCCCACCUUCACUCCCCAUCCAGUGUCAUCUCCUCCAUUACAACUGGUAUUUGGUCGAUGAUGUCAUCAACAGCUGCAGCCACCCAGCCUCCCUCCCCACUGGCCGACGGGGCCGUGCUACUCCUAUUAGUGCUCACCCACCAGCAGAUGAGUGGCCAGAAUCAGUACCGUCGGGCCCUGCUACAGUUCACUGACGAACACAGCAGCAGGAAGACCAGAGCCCCGUUCUCUCUCAACCUCCAGAAACUCUACCUCUCUCUCUGCAAUAACCUGUCGGAGCAGACGACUCUUCUCCUCUAUCUCCUGCUACAGGGAAAUCCUCACGUCGCAUCUUUCAUCUUCUCUCGAUCUGACAUUGACCUUCUGAGUACAGAGGUGGGGGUAGUGGAGGAGAUUCUGGUGAUGAUACUAGAGAUUGUCAACUCGUGUCUGUCACAUCGUCUGGCGACCAACCCUCACCUGGUCUACUGCCUCCUUUACCAGAGAGAGGUGUUCUCUCCUCUACACACCUCCCCUCUCCUCAUGGACCUCGUCAGGAACAUCCUCAGUGUGGUAGAGUUUUUCUCAAAAGAAGUUGGAGGAGAGUGGGCCAUCUCCCUAUUCCUCUCCAUUUGUCCUGGAGACCAUCAUCAGAUGCUCUGCCACCUGGCCUCACCACAGACUACGGGUAUGAACACUACUACAACUCUCACACCUUUCUUUUCUCUGUCAUGUCACCCACUUUUCACAUGACUACCUAUAUAUGUAUCAGUUUAGUGUUGGCACAAUUCCAAUCAAACGCCAAACUAUAAUAUAGCUAAUGUGGUGGCUUUGGAAGUAUAUACAGUAGCCACAAACCUCCAACUCCUUGUAUCAAGUAUAUAGUGCUUUGCGCAUAAUGUUGUAGCUAGCUUAACCAAACUCUUAGAUAAGAAAUUAAAAUCCCUUGCUUGUUGCCCUAACAGAUAAUUAUGAUACGUUCUAAAAUAUUUAGUUAGGCUGUGACAUCACCACCUCCAUUCUUUUUUGCCUACACUGCAGGUGUUUCCAGAGCUAAAGUUCCGCUACGUGGAAGAAACUCAACCGGAGGAAUUCUUUGUGCCCUACGUGUGGACCCUAGUCCACAAGAACUCUCCUCUCCACUGGCAGCAGUUUCAUGUCUCCUCCUCUCCCUCCUCCUCUUCUUCCAUCACUCCUCACUGACACUUCUCUACUCCCAUCCCCGAUUCUCAUCCUCAUCUUUUGCAUCAAAUAAUUGUCAUUAAUGACGUCUAACACGGUGAAUAUGCUCAGCAUUCUGCUAUAUUAGGUGGGGGAGUGUUGGGGGGUGGUGGGGCAAUGGUUGCACGCAUGCGCGUUGAGCAUCGUCUUGCGUUAGCCGGCCACACCCAAACAUAACCUUCGUGGGCGUGGUACGACAAG